GCCCGCUUUAGACCGGAACUUCCGGUUCAUAUAUCUAUUUGAUUUCUGGCGGUUUGUUUUGUACGUCUAAAACGCGAAAGAUAUGAAAGAUCUUUUUAUUAUUUUUUUUAUCGUCGAAUAACCACUGAUCUCUAAUAGAGGACAUAUAUAUACAUCAGUGCUUAGAACACUUUCGUCUGUACGAUGGACGCACUAGCCACAUCAAUUCUAAAUCGGAUAAUCCGGAGAAUACCGAACAAAAAUAUUGAAAGUCUUUUGAAGAAAUGGAACUGUUUAUCAGCAGAUCAACUGCGUGCCCUGGAUUACACACGACCCAAAUGGAUGAUAGUGGAACAUAUCGUCAGUUUCUGUGAGGAGAACAGACUUAACCUGAAGCACAUCACAACUUUGGAAAUGAUCUAUCAUAUAGAAAACCCUAAUCAAGGCACCUGGCAUGCAUGCCAGCUCGCUGAGGCACAGGAUGAUGCAGUUUGUGUAGAGUUGACACAGUUUAAAGAGCAGUUUAAGGCACACUUGCAUGGAGUCAUUCGGCAUAUUUCCAUUAAGAUGAAGAAACAUGAGGAUGAGGCUAUAUGGAUUCGGAUUGCGUGGGGAGACAACUUCAGUAAACCCAACCACCUUAAGCCAACUUAUGUUGUGCACCACCUUCACACUUCCUAUGUGUUUAUAUCCAACCUCAUGGUCAAACACAAGAUAUUUCUUUGUCAGGCAUUAGUAAUAGCCACUAAACAUGGCUAUAUAAAGGAUGGCCACCUGAGCACCAGGAGUCUCACUGCAAUGAGGGACUUACUUUUGAGACAUUAUCAGCAGGUUUUUCCAAAUGAACACUCAAGAAUCCCACAGGAAAGAAACACCCUUUCAUCCCAUCCCUGUAUUGGAAAGGAACACGGUGACCAUGAAGAGAUGAGACAUCAGAUGUCCUGUGAGGCAUUUGGACACAGUCCUUCACCUAAGCUAGAAACAGCAGUGUAUAGACUUGAGACAAGGUACAGGGGAAAUGGCAACAACACCCUUAGUGACAGAGAGGAGUUCUUCAGAGGGGUGGUCAGGUUCUCAAGCAGCAGUCUGCUAGAUUCCUUGCGCCACUGUGUUGCUUCAGGCAUGGCUGAAGGUCCAGUAACUCCACUAUUGUCAGCCAUCAUUCAGAGAGGAAGGAAUUAUUUUGUGAUCACAGACAAAAGCCCUGGUGUUUCCAGCCAAGCAUCAGCACAGAGAGCCUGAUCACAACAGACAUUAUAGAGAAAGAUCAAUUCACCCAGGAUGUGCAUACAUGAGAAUAUAUAUUUUGCAUCCUGCAAACCAUAAAAAACAGAGUAGUCAUGUUUCUAGUCUAUCAGUAAGAGGACAUGUCUGAGACUGCUGUAAUGAUCAGUGAUUCAGCAAAGAGAGACAAAAUGUUUUUACAGUUAACAUUGGUAAUACAGCAUGUAUUAUUUUUUAGCAUAAUUGGAGCAUGGUUUAAAUAAAGGUUUUGAUAUAAGAA